AGAUGCAAACCAUAUUGUUAGAAAACGUGGACAGAGUGAGAACUCUUCUCCACGACGAAAAUCACGCACCGGCAAAAUACCUUGAGUAAAAAUGUCGCCUCUCUUCAGAUCAGUGACACUAUCAAGGAAAGGAUUCGCUUUUGCAGCUCGUAUACGACGUCACUCCUCCCUCAUGUCUGAGCUGAUGGAGAACAUGGAUAAAAAAGAUAUCUGGGACCGUUUCUACACAGAGAACAGAAGCCGCACACCCACCUUUAAAAACUUUGAGUGGUUCUUCGGCUUUGACUCUGUGAGAGACUACAUUAUGCCUCUUUUGAAGACACAGUCGCAGCAAAAUGUACCGAUUCAAGUGCUGGAUGUGGGCUGUGGGACCUCAGCACUGGGUCCUUGUGUUUACAGACACUCCCCUCAUCCAGUACAUGUCACUUGUGCUGACAUUUCCCCCGUGGCUGUGCGCCUGUUGCGAGAACACGUACAAGCUCAACCACACAACAUCUCUUCAAAGCUUGAGUUUUUGGAGCUGGAUUGCACAUGUCUUCAGGAUCACUAUGAUUCCCAGAGCAUGGACCUGAUCAUUGACAAAGGAACCAUAGAUGCCCUACUGAGGUCGAAGGAAGGGAAAGGGAAGGCUGGGCUGAUGCUGAGACAGUGCAUAAAGGUGUUGCGAGGCUCUGGAUGUUUGUUGCAGUUCUCUGAUGAAGACCCUGAUGCUAGAAUGCUGUGGCUGGAGACAGAGGCAGGGGUGAUGGCAGCAGAUGUUGGGUUUCAGGAGGUUGGGCAAUUAAGGGGUGUAAAUUACUUUUGCUACCAAGUUCUUCGCCAGUCCCUGUAACCAGUGACCUGUCUCCCAGUGACUGUAAGCUGUAUUACACACCUCUGCAAUUUCUUCUGAGAAAAGGCAGUUGUCCAAGGUA